GUCAAAGGCCCGGCAAACAACUCCUAAUCUCCGGCCGUUACGGUGCAACACACAAAAUGAUACUAAUUUUUGUUUUAAUUAUAAUUUCAUUAAAUGAUUUUUGAUUAUAAAAGCAAAAACAUAAUAUAAUGUUUUCAUCUAAACAAACUAUAUAAACCAAGUUUAGCGACCAUUAAAGCAUUUGCCCCUACCAUUUUACGUUUCCCUUCUUUCUCCUCCGACACACUCCAAAACUCAUUAAUCUCUUUGAUGUGAAUUUGACUAUUUCUACGUAAUUUAGGAUCUUACUAUAAUCUUACUACAUCUCCUUUUUAUUAUUAGUUUUUUCAAUUCCUAAUGGAGAACGAGUUGUUUAUGAACACAGAGUUCCCACCACCGUCGGAGUUCGAGCCACCGUCUUCUUCAUCGGCGAUGAUGCUUAAUUGGGCUUUAAUGGAUCCAAAUCCACAACAAGAUUCUUCUUUUCUAUGGGAAAAGUCAACGGACCAACAACAACAACAACAACAACAGAGCAUCUUUGACUCUGCUUUGAGCUCAUUAGUCUCAUCACCGACGCCGUCAAACUCAAACUUCUCAGGCGGUUGCGGUGGUGGUGGUGGUGGCGGCGGUGAUGGUUUUAUCAUCAGAGAGCUCAUUGGUAAGCUUGGUAACAUAGGGAAUCACAACAGCUCCGGUGAGAUCUACGGAGGAACAACCCCGAUGUCUAGGUCCGCCUCGUGUUACGCAACUCCGAUGAGCUCUCCACCGCCGCCGUCGAAUUCGAAUUCUCAUAUGAUGAUGAACAGAACGACGCCGUUGACUGAAUUCUCAGCGGAUCCGGGUUUUGCGGAGAGAGCUGCGAGAUUCUCUUGUUUUGGUAGCCGGAGCUUUAACGGAAGAACCAAUUCUAAUCUUCCGGUUAACAAUAACAACGUCGUCAACAACUCCGGGAAACUGACACGUGUCUCAAGCACACCGGCUCUCAAGGCUCUCGUUUCACCGGAAGUCGCACCGAUGAUUCCCGGCGGCGAAUUUUCCCGGAAGAGAAAAGCUCUGCCGAAAGGGAAAUCCAAAGAAAAUCCCAUUUCCACAGCUUCCCCAUCUCCUAGUUUCUCAAAGACGGCGGAAAAGAAAGAAGAUUGGAGUGGAAAAGGAAGUAAAAGCUCAGAAGAAAAAGGAGGAAAAAGGAGAAGAGAGGAUGAAGAAGAUGAUGAUGUAGAAGAAGAAGAAGGGGAAGGGAACAAAAACAAUAACACUAAACCACCUGAGCCUCCUAAAGAUUACAUCCAUGUUCGAGCUCGACGCGGCCAAGCCACCGAUAGUCACAGCCUCGCCGAACGAGUUCGGAGGGAGAAGAUUGGUGAACGGAUGAAGCUUCUUCAAGAUCUUGUGCCCGGAUGCAAUAAGGUUACUGGAAAAGCACUGAUGCUUGAUGAAAUUAUAAACUACGUACAAUCAUUGCAAAGACAAGUUGAGUUCUUGUCAAUGAAGUUAUCAUCAGUGAACGACACCAGGCUGGAAUUUAACGUGGACGCUCUUGUGUCAAAGGAUGUUAUGAUUCCAUCAAGUAACAACCGAUUGCAUGAAGAAGGACUCCAAUCAAAGUCUUCAAGUCAUCAUCAUCAACAACUUAAUAUUUACAAUAAUAAUAAUAAUUCACAAUUACAUCCCAAUAACAUGAUGCUCCAAUCUCCCAUGAACUCUUUGGAAACCUCUAGCUUAGCCAGAAGCUUCACUCACUUACCAACACUUAACCAAUUCACUGACUCAAUUUCUCAGUAUCAAAUGUUUAGCGAAGAAGAUUUACAAAGCAUUGUAGGAAUGGGAGUGGCACAAAACCCCAACCAUGAAUCUCAACACAUGAAACUUGAGCUUUGAUCAACCAUUUUUACCAAGGUCUCAAGGAAGAAAAAGAGAAAAAAAAAAGGAUUGAUGGGUGUACAUAACCAUACCAAUAUAUGUGAUUUAUUCAUAUACUUAUCUCCAUAUAUAUAUAUACACAUUUAUGAAAGUAACUUUUUUUCUUCACUUACUGUUUCUUUCUGUUUCACCCUUAUGUUAAUUAUAUUAUAUAUGUCAUCUUUCAAUUCAUUAUUAGGGUUCAAUUGUACUAUUACACACUUUAAUUUCCUUUGGAUUCCUUUUGCUUUUCUAAUGUAAUAUCAUUGUAAGUUUGUUACC